UUGGAGGGACAGAAGAAGAAUCCUUCGCCUUUUCUCUUGCGUUAUUUCCCAGCGCGCAAAUUGCUGUGAAUGCCAGUAACUCUUCAUCUACAAUGCCUGAGCCAAAGUCAAUAUGUGUUUCAGUAGAUGAGGUGGUCUCUGGUGGUACAGACCCACAAGAGAUUCAUUUGCUGAAUGGCCAUUUAAAGAAGAUGGACAAUGUUUUGACUGAAGCCCAUCAUUUCUCCUACCUUCCUCGAAGACCAGCUGUGAACAUUGAAUUUAAAGACCUCUCCUAUGCUAUACCAGAAGGACCCUGGUGGAGCAAGAAGGGUUUCAAGACUUUGCUGAAAGGAAUUUCUGGAAAGUUUAGUAGUGGCGAGCUGGUGGCAAUUAUGGGUCCUUCUGGAGCUGGGAAGUCGACACUUAUGAAUCUUCUGGCAGGAUACAGGGAGACUGGGAUGAAAGGAGAAAUUCUUAUCAAUGGGCAACAUCGUGAUUUGCGUUCUUUCCUCCGCAAAGUAUCUUGUUACAUUAUGCAAGAUGACAUGCUGCUUCCACAUCUUACUGUUCAGGAAGCUAUGAUGGUGUCUGCUGACCUGAAACUUCAAGAAAAAAGAUGAAGGCAGGGAGAGAAAUGGUGAAUGAAGCUCCUGACAGCUUUGGGUUUGCUGUCGUGGGCCAGUACUCGUACUGGAAGCCUUUCAGGAGGGCAGAGAAAGCGUCUUGCGAUUGCUUUGGUUGUGAACAACCCACCAGUUAUGUUUUUUGAUGAACCUACCAGUUAAUUUGUUGGCCUGGACAGUGCUUCUUGCUUCCAAGUUGUGUCUCUGCAAGGCUUAGCCCAGGGUGGUCGAUCCAUCAUCUGCACUAUCCAUCAGCCCAGUGCCAAACUGUUUGAACUUUUCGAUCAGCUCUAUGUCUUGAGCCAAGGGCAAUGCAUUUACCGUGGGAAAGUAUUAAAUUUAGUCCCUUAUUUGAGAGAUUUGGGUUUAAAUUGUCCAACAUAUCACAAUCCAGCAGAUUUUGUGAUGGAGGUCGCCUCUGGAGAAUAUGGAGAUCAGAAUAGCAGGCUUGUAAGAGCUGUGCAAGAGGGAAUGUGUGAUGCAGAUUACAAGAGAAACUCUGGAGGAGAAAAUGAACUUAACCCUUUUUUAUGGCACAAACCAUCAGAGGAGGAUUCUUCAUCUAUGGAAGGCUGCCAUAGCUUCUCAGCCAGCUGUCUUACUCAGUUUUGCAUUCUCUUUAAAAGAACUUUUCUCACCAUAAUGAGGGAUUCGGUCCUAACGCAUCUGCGGGUAACGUCUCACAUUGGAAUAGGACUUCUGAUAGGCUUGCUGUAUUUGGGGAUUGGAAAUGAAGCAAAGAAAGUUCUGAGCAAUUCUGGCUUUCUCUUUUUUUCCAUGUUGUUUCUUAUGUUUGCUGCUCUCAUGCCAACGGUCCUUACAUUUCCUCUUGAGAUGGGCGUAUUUCUUAGAGAACAUUUGAAUUAUUGGUACAGUUUGAAGGCUUAUUACUUGGCUAAAACUAUGGCUGAUGUCCCUUUUCAGAUUAUGUUUCCUGUGGCUUACUGCAGCAUUGUGUACUGGAUGACAGCGCAGCCCUCUGACGCUCUGCGAUUUCUCCUGUUUGCAGCACUGGGGACCAUGACAUCACUUGUGGCUCAGUCCCUUGGACUUCUGAUUGGAGCAGCAUCCACCUCACUUCAGGUGGCAACAUUUGUUGGUCCUGUUACAGCAAUCCCAGUUCUUCUCUUCUCAGGAUUUUUUGUCAGUUUUGAUACCAUUCCUGCUUAUCUCCAGUGGCUGUCCUACAUCUCUUACGUCAGGUAUGGAUUUGAAGGUGUCAUUCUUUCCAUCUAUGGUUUGGAUCGAGAAGAUCUUCAUUGUGACAAAGAUGACACUUGCCAUUUUCAGAAGUCAGAGGCUAUCCUCAAAGAAUUGGAUGUAGAAAAUGCUAAACUUUAUUUGGACUUCAUUGUGCUUGGAAUUUUCUUCAUCUCCUUACGUCUCAUUGCCUAUUUUGUUCUCAGAUACAAAAUUCGAGCAGAGAGAUAGAGAACAAAUGUGAUAACAUGAAGUUCUAGACUGUUGCUCUCUGGUUGUGGCUAAUGAGUUUUCAAAGCUCGGUUGCAAAUCAUGUUGUCUUCUGACUCCUAGAAGAACUAAAAUGGAAACUUGUUCCAGUUUUGAAAAAUACCACUGCUAAUCCCAAGAGUUUCCUCUCCUGGAAAAUGUAUUUCUUCUAAGGUAGCUGUAGAUCUGGCAAUUAGAAUGAGAAUGUCUAUCUUUUAUUAUAAGGGAAAAACAUGAAAUGUUGUGUCAUCACUUCUUGCUGCAUCUUACAAGUGUUUUUCCCACAAGAAAUCCCGCAGUAGUCUACACACUUUUCCAGUUGUGUGAAAAGGUGCUCUAUAAACCGAAUGUUUAAAAAUAAAGAAGUGAGAAAUCUGAUAUUAGUUCUCCUUAAUACCCAGCUUUAGAGCUUUAAUCAUAUGAGCUGGUCUCAUGUACCAAAUUUUUAAUAUUGUAUCAUAUUACAGUGAAUGAUGUAGAAGAAUUUGAAAAUCAAUAUGCAUACCUAACUCCUUUCUCCUAGCAUUCUGUUUUUGUAGUGUCUUCUCAGUUCCAGUUUCUUGUGGAAUUUCAAAUACUCACUGUCUGUUUUAUCUAUUUUCUGUGAAUGCAAAACCCAGUGCAAAAUGGAAACCAAUCUCAAAGCCUAUUUGAAUACUCUAGCAUGUUUUUAAUAACACAUAUUCUAAAAAGAGAAAGGACCGCUCGUAGUUUGGUGUUUGGUAUGAUGAAUGCUUAAGGACUUAAUUAAAAAGGUCUCAGUGAAAUGUAUGUGCCCUGCCCAGCAAUAUACAUAAUACUGUAUACAAAACCUAUUAUUUUUGUUUUCAUCAUUUAUGAUUUUCUCAAAAAGAAAUUCAAAUCAUGCUAUUUUUACAUUCCAGCAAAACUAGGUGAUUCCAAACCCAUUCAUAAUUUUUUCCCUCACUCACUUUUUGCUGUAUUCCAACCAAAUUUAUCUAAACAGUUUUUGUCACCAGUUUGACAUCUAAUUUGACAACUGAGAUGUGUAAACUGAUGCCGAUUACUAGAAGUGCCUACAUCCUGAUUUCAAAUAUUAGUUGUACAUAGCACUUUGUCUCAGAACAUUAUUUGAUAAAAAUAAUAUUAUAGGAAAAAAGACUAGCACUCUGGGCCAGACUUAUCUACCUCAGUGCAAUGGAUUCAGGUUGGUUUAUUAGAGAAACCGAUUAAGCUGUUUUCAAUCCAAAACAAAUUUCAAGUUGUGUGUUUAGAAAUCAGAUCAAAUGGCUGUUUCCACCAGAGGCUGUUGUUGAAUGGAUACUAAAUCACCCAAGCCAAAUCUCCAGAGUUUAGCUAGAGCAUCAAAGCAAACCAAAUAGAAAUUGAAACAAAAACAAGGCUAUAAAUUUGAAGAUAAAUUUGUCUUAUCUAUAUUGUAAGAUUUGCCCCUUCCACAGUUCUUCUAGACUAGUACAUGUUCAUGAAGAGCAUAGUUUAUAUUGCUGGAAAACAGUCAAGUAAUUAGGAUUGUGUUCAUUGGCAAAGCCAAAGUCCUUCUCUCCCCAUAAUCCUAGUCUUCUAGUCUUAACUUUAAAGUACAAAAAUAAAAACAGACACUGUUCUUUAAAUUAGCAACUUAGUCCAGACAUAUCACAGGAUUCAAAUCUGUACCACUAAUUAGAUACUUGUAGGUUUGUAUCCAGAAACCAUUAAGAACGUAUUUUGUAAAUUAACAACAAAUAUGUAACAACAUUUGUGAUUAGUCCACACAACCUCCAAGAAUGUAAUUACAUACCUUCAACAACAAAAAAACUUUUAUCGUAUAUUUUGGAGGAUAAUUGGCCUCAAAAUCAGUAGAUGGAUUACCACCAGAUUUGGAAGAGUCACACAAGAAGUGCUUUCCAAGAAACUCCUCUGGUGUAUCUGCUAAUUGACAAGUAAGGCAUUCACGGGAACUGAACAUCCUUUCAUGGAAUACUGCAAGUUGGUACUGCAAGUGUAGGGAUAAAUCAUUUAUGGAUUAUAUCUCUAAAUAUAACAUUAUUUUUGUUACAGGAAAUAUGGGCCCCAGAGAAUAUGGGGCUUGAUAAUUUUGCAAUGCAUUCUCUGAAUGCUGCUAGAUUAAGGAAAGUGGGGAGGAGGCCAAGUGGUGGGUUUUUCAAAUAAGAUCCACCCUGUGGUGAGUAAUCUAAAAUCCUAUAAUCAAUUUGCAAUGAUUAUAAACCUUUGAGUUGGCCACCUCCACAUUCUUCCAUCACGUUAUAAAGCAGGUGGAAGGAAACUGAUUUAUAUUUGGACUAUAUAUGACAUCUGUAAUAAUUGUUUUUAUGUCCAGUGUGAUGUAUCCAGUUGGAUUAUGUAAUCAUUCCCAUAUUCUGAUAUUAUAUUGGAUCAAGUCACUAAGAGCCGAGGUGGCGC